AUGGUUUGUAGCGGCAGAGGAAGCUGCAGGUGCGGGGCAUGUGUUUGUAACGCUACUUUGCCCUACAGAAGAACUUUCUGCGAUGAUUGCGUGGUAAGUGCACCGCAGGGAACCCUUCUAGUCUCGGCUCCUGACCUUUCUCAGGUUACCAUCUUCUGUCAAACCCAAGAACACGACUAAAUAUAGAUCAAUUAAAAGCUAUUGAAUGAGGCUGAGUAUGAUAUGAGGAAUUUUGCAGAUCUAGAAGGGUUUUAUUUACCGAGGCCGAAAAGAUAGGAAGGAGAGUGAUUGACCCUAGUGCAAGCGACAAAUGCCACCCCACGAAGAGAAUGCUUCCCUAUAAAAAUGUCUCGUAUUAUUUUGCAAAAUACUGUUUGUUGUUAACUUGCUAACAUACACAUUGCGGACCUAUUUGUAUUGCAGGGCUGCACUGGAACUUGCGAGGCCAACCGGGCAUGCGUGGAGUGCCGUUUGUUUGGCACGGGGGAAUUAGACAAAGACCAGUGUUCAAGAACUUGCAAAGAUUACAGCAUUACUCCAGUAGAUAAGCUUACACCUGGUAAGUUAACUCGUUGACACUUUUCAUGCGAUUCUAAUGCUACGCGCGCUCAUUUUUUCUGGCGUUUUUACUGACCUACUUGUAGACGACUGCGUCUCGGUCCAUGAAAAGCAAAGUAAUAAAGAGCAGUUGGCCAAUAUCCAGCCAUAUUGAACUCAGAUAUGAGUGUACUAAAAGGAACUGUGUGAAAAUCUUACCAUGCUGUUUUCCAUUCUGAUGUAGGCUAAACAAUGUAUUUCUUUCUGUUGUUUUUAUCUGUUAGAUAUGGGUAAGCAAUGUCGUUUUCUAGAUGAAGAGGACUGUUACCUGACCUUCGCCUACACGGAAGGACCAGACGGCCAACUCAAGAUUUUUACCCAGAAAAAUAAAGGUCUUUAAGCCAACUUUAAAGAUAAAAAAAUAGUACCGGGGGUUUGGCGGCGUUUGAUUGUUUAAGUGACUGAAGUGAUAAUUCACUCAGUGAAGUUUGAGAGAUCAUUGCACAUGAAUGUCAAGGUUAUUCCUUGUAAGCCUUGUGAGUGACUAAAAAUGCUUUUGUUGCAUUUCCAUUGUAGACUGUCCAUCUGAGAUGAAUGCUAUAGCAGUAAUUGUCAGCGUCAUAGGAGCAGUUUUAGCUGUAACCUUGGCUUUGUUACUUAUAUGGAGAGUGUUAGCCACCAUUCAGGUAAGCUUAUAUCACGCACUGUGCAUGUUCGUCCACACCCUCUGGCUCAGUCGGAUUUGCUUGAGUCAAAUGCACCUCCCUGUGAGCUGCCAGCAUUAAAUAUAAUAUAAAAUUUAGAAUUUAACAAUUAAUUGUACCCCGUAAAGAAACGUACGUUCUCGCAUAAGACUAGUCUCCGAUUGCCAGCACCAAACAACACGGCAUACAUACAUACAUACAUACAUACUUUAUUGACUUUCCCAAGGGGCUUUUCAAAGACAAUACAUGAUCCUAUUUACAAUUAAAAAUGUUUUAAAAUAUAUAUAAAAUUACAAUUCUUUAAGUAAUUUAGUACGUAAACGAGUUUUAAAAACAUCAAUCGAGUUACACAGUUUAAAGGAAUUGUCUAAGGAGUUCCAUAAGUUCACAGUUCUAUAGAAAAAUGUUCUCUGACCGGCAGCUGUUCUAAAAAAGGGAAUUUGUAAAAGCUGUGAAUUUCUGGUGCUACGUCGGCUAACCUCUGCUCGCUUUAUGAAUUUUGAUGUAAGGUAUUCAGGGGCUUGACCGGUCAUACAUUUAAAAGCCAUUGUAGCGUUCCGGUAAUAAAGCUGACUGGGAACUGAAAGCCAAUUUAGCUCCUUGCGAAUUGGUGUAACAUGGUCAAAUUUACGUGCGCCGCUAACAAUGCGGCAUGCGAAGUUCUGCACUGCCUGUAACUUGUUGACAUUACAUUUUGAGGUAUUUGACCAAACAUUGGAGCAAUAAAAUAACCUGCUAAAAACUAAGGAAUUAAUAAUCAUCAAAAGUGUACGUUUGUCGAAGACAUGCUUGACACGGUUUAUCUGGCCAAGGCGGGACAUGCACGAGGAAGCGGUUUUAAUUAUAUGUUCAUCGUAAGUUAAAUUAGAAUCCAAAGUCACACCAAGGUCUUUGGCGGUGUCUGUAGGGACAAUGUCCUUACCCAUAAAGGAAAGGUAACGAAAUUGGAAUUUUGCACGCAUCUGCCUGCUGCCAAAUAUCAUCAACUUGGUUUUGCCAGGGUUUAGUAACAAUUGAUUGUUGGAACACCAUUCCCCUAUUUUAAACAGGUCGUCUUCCAAAUCAGCAAUUGCAUCCAGGUUGGCUUUAAGCUCGAAGGAAGUGAUGAGUUUCGUAUCAUCUACAUAACUCUGGGUGCUGCAUUUCUAUGGGAUCAAUGGAAGAUCGUUCGUAUAUAUGCUAAAAAGAAGUGGGCCCAAGAUGCUUCCUUGAGGAACGCCACUGGUCACAGACAAAGGCUCAGAUAGCGUUGAAUAGAUUCGUACUACUUGUGACCUGUUGCUUAGGUAACUACGAAACCAUUGGAGAGUGUCACUGGAAAUUCCGACAUCUUGCAAUUUUAAAAUUAACGUGUCAUGAUUGACACUAUCAAAGGCUUUGCUCAUAUCUAAUAGUACAACUGCCAUUAACUUCUUUUUAUCGAUGGCGUUAAGAAUUGUGUCUGUUGUUUCAAUGACAGAUGUUUCACAAGAGUGCCAUCUCUUGUUACCGCUUUGAGUCUUUGAUAGGGUGUCAUUUGAUUGCAGAUACGAGGUGAGUUGAUUAUGUACUACCCUUUCGCAAACCUUCGAUAAAACUGGUAGAAGUGAGAUGGGUCUAUUGUUGUUUGCCUGUUCAUGGUCGCCCUCCUUUAGGAUGGGUGUAACCUCGGCUGUUUUCCAUUUUGAUGGAAAAACACAGUUUUGAAAGGAUGCAUUAACGAUAGACGUUAUUGGGUGAACAAUUGGAUUAAGACAGUCUUUGAUGACACGGAUCGGAAUUUUAUCUAUCCCGGGGGCCUUGUUUGAAGGCAUCGCUGCUAUUAUACGCUCUACUUGUUUAUAAUCAACGGUACUAAUUGUGAACUGGUCAGAGGAAGCGUAUUGUCUCGGCACGAAAUAAUUCUGAUUAAGUGUUAAGUUACAUUCAUUAGCCAGGGACGUAAUUUUGUCAACAGUGCUCUGACCAACAGAUACGAAGAACUGGUUAAAUUCGUCUGCAACAGAUUUGACGCUCUUACUAAAUGUUCGCUGAGAUGUAGAUUUAUUGGGGACACACUGGCGGAUUGCUUUCCAGAUAUUAUUGGUGUUAUUUGGGUUCCUUUGGAUUUGUUCAGCAACAAAUUCUCGUUCAGCAAUUCUAAUUUCCCUCUUUACUUCCUGUCUGAAAUAUCUGUAGGCAGUCCAGGAUAGCGGGUCAUUUGUUUUCUUUGCUUUUUUACGCCAAUCAUCCCUGGUCUUCAUCAAUCCGCGGAUGUUGUCGGUUACGCAUGGGUUUGGCUUACAGCGUGCUUUAAAGGUUUUAACUGGAGCAUGACGGUCGAGUAUCUCAGUAAACAGCGAAUCAAAUGCAUAAAUUUUAUCCUCGACAUCGUCGAAAACAUCGACUAUGGACCACGGUGCCAAUGAUACGUCAUUGCUGAAAUCAAUAGGACUGUAGUGUUUAAAACUUCUGGUAGUAAUAUAAAUGGGUUUGGAGCGCGCCUUAAGGUGACAUAAAUUAGCUCAUGGUCGCUGAUCGAGCUUUCCAUAACUGUAGCCGUUUGGACUUGUCUUGUAUCCGAUGCAAGGAUAACAUCUAAAAUUGAUUUCGAAGUCUCUGUAACUCGUGUUGGUGUGUUGAUCAAUAUUGACAAGUUAUAGGAACGGCAAAAGUUAACAAGGGCUUUAGCUCCAGGAUCGUCGCUAUUCUCAAGUCUGCAGUUCAAAUCACCUAAUAGAUAAAUUGGAACAUUAAACGACGAGGCAUAAAUAAAGUUCUCUGUAAGAUCUGAAUCGAAACAAGAUAAAGAAGUGUCCGGUGGUCUAUAGGUUGUACAGACAAGGAAGGACUUCAUGUUUCUGACGUGGAUUUUUAGCCACAGUUGAUGGAAGCCAGAGGCCGUGAUAAGAGAAAUGUCACUCAAGUACUCCGUCCUGUAAUUUCGUGAGACAUAAGCACAUACUCCACCGCCAACCCUCGCCUGUCGGUCGAUUCGGUAGAUAACAUAGCCAGGGAUUUCUAUCUCCAAAUCCGUAACUGAACUGUUGAGCCAUGUUUCGGAUACGGUAAAUAUAUCAAACUUAUUUUCCAGUACCGCAUUCUUUACAAGAACGAAAUGCUCACGGCAUUUGAGCGAGCGAACAUUAAGAUGUGCGAUUUUAACAUUGCCAUUUGACUUUUCUGACUUGUCUCCACUAGAGCAGUUUGCAAGUCCAGGGUUAAGUUCCACAUCAUGUAGCAGUUGUAUAACAGGUCUAAAGGUAGAGGUUGAGUUGGCGUAGUAGGCUGUAGUAGUGCUUGCUCGUUUAGUAGAAAUGCAAAGAAAAAAAUGAUACUUCAUUUACUAAUAUUUUAAAGAAAUAUUUUAAAGCUUUAAUAAGUUUAAACUCGUGUGGUAUCAAGACUGAUUGAAUACGUUUCACAUAUCUUAAGCUUUGAGGAUAAAAUAGUCUCUUCUCAGUUUUAUCGCACGAGCUUCACAAGAACCCUAUGUCCUUUUAACCAUAAUGAAAAGAAGAUGCUUGUACGCAAGCUUAACAUCAUUUCUACCACUGCACGACCUCUGAAAUCAAACGAAACUUGAAAAGCCAUUCAAAAGUCGUGCAAACACGAACAGUACCUUUUUUGGAAAUCGAGCUGCUAAAGCACAGAAGCUAACAACAGUGCUUGCAGUUGGCGCCUAAAUUAAGUCCUAAUUGUUGGUUUUUCUAGGAUCGAAGAGCAUUUGCGCAGUUUGAAAAGGAACAAAUGAAUGCAAAGCGUGUUGUGGUAAGUUUCCAGAGAAUUUAUGUAUUUUGUUUUAAAAUGGGUCCAUCAGAUCUAUGUAGAGCAACCCUAACGAACCCUACUGAUUAAACAAAUUUAAAGGAAAGAUUCACCUAGUGUUUUGAAAACACUCUUUCGUUUUAUAAAAUUAUACAUUAUUACUAUGGCUGUUCAAAAACAUUUCUGUUAAGAGGAAUUGGAUACCAAAACCAGACAGAAUCACAAUCGAAAUGCGAGGAGGCUAACACUAGUGUGCGAAAAUAAUUAGUGGCAUUUCAUAUUUUACGUGGAAUUCGCAGUAAUUUAACCCAGCUCUUGCCAUUUUCUAUCAGUACCAAAAACUUGUUUUUCUUUCUUCAGUUCUUGUUGAAGUUGUUAUUUUUCUUUAAUUUAUACACUAGGCUGAGAAUCCGAUCUUCAAACCGACAACUACAACAUUUAUGAACCCAAUGUACGGAGUGAAGACAUGA